UGGCCCUGGCAUUGCUGGCUCGGCUCGGCAGGAAAUGCUUUCAAUCCAAAGUAGAAACUCAAUCCAAACUGUCCCAAAUUCGAAGCUUAACUUUACCAACCCCAGUCAUUUUUCAUCUUCAUAGAUUUCAUAGCAACAGGAGUAAUGGAGAGCUCCCAAGAAUCAAAGCCGAGCCGGAGGGUGACACCCUCGCGCCUCCUCGACCCCGAGCAGUACAGCAUUGAUGACGUGUACGCUCAGUUCGAGACCUACAGGAGGCAGCGGCAGGAGGAGCAGCAGGAGCAGAGUCUCAGGCUGAAGAAGAAGUUCACCUUGUCGGCGGAUCUCCGAGAGCUGACCUCCAAUAUGGAGAACCUACGGCUGGGCAUGCAGUGGCUCCACGACCAGCAGCAGCUCCAGCAGCAGAAAAGGGACCUCCUGACGCAAAUGGAUGUCAAUGCCAUUGACGUGGCUCCCGCAGAGGAAAGUCUACAAAGUGCUUCCAGCCAGGACCGGGGGGACGCCGCCGAGCCGACGGAUCUGGUGAUUAGCUGCGGGACCAGCAAGUGCCUGUUCGACGGCUGCGGCCGGAAGAUAGACAGCCAGGUGUUGCUGCUGCACUACCUCUGCGACCACAAGCACCAGAUGUCCUCCUCCUCGCUGAGCUGCCUGACACUGGUGGAGGGGGAACGGGUGGUGUUCUCCUUCCAGCCGCAGUUCUGCACGUUUCGGGUCAACCAGAUCUUGGGACUGCUAGCUUACGGCGGCCCUCUGGAGGAGCAGUUUGCCCCGAGGGGCCGCAAGCGACACGUCUACAACAGCUUCCUCCCAGACAAGCACUCGCACCUGAAGGCGCACGUUCCCGUGGUGGUUCUCAUUUGCCGGACAGCCGUCCACGCAGCCCUAAUGGACAAGAAGCUGGCCAGGAAGGCGCAGCUGCAGGAGCGGGACAACAAGCGGGACCAGAUCUACGUGAUUUGGGUGGUCACGCCCUGCGAUCGGAUUCAGCUGAACGCCACGCUCUUCCUGUGCGGCCGGGACGCGGCAGUCCGGGCCUGCACCGUGGUGGGAGUGCGCAAGGUGAACCACAGCCAGGACACGGCCCGGUUCAUGGCGGUGGACGCCAAUUACUGGAGGCUCACGUUCGGCGAAAUGGAAAAGCUUUCCAACGGCUUCAGGGACGAGCUUAACCUAGAGGUCGGCCUGACCGAGCCAAAUGCCUAGCUUUAAUGGAACGCUUCUACGUACAUUUGCGUUGUCCUGCAGCACCUUGCACUUGGCCUGCUCCGCAGGGUCGGCCAGCUCCUCGAUGCGCCUCUCCAGCAGCUGAAACGUAGAAGCACAAGCGACUUGUACAAAUAAAUGUGACGGUGUUGCAUAACAGAA